GACCCACUGUGUUACGUCACUCAGGUCACAUGAUCAGAAAUGGUGGACGUCUGUAGAAUUUUUGACUAGUUUGUUGACAAAUUACAAGUAUCAACAUACAGGUUACAGACUUAUUACAGACAUAAUUAAUAUACUCUUAGUAGAAGUCUAUUGUUAGAUAUUUCUGUAUUGGACCUCGUGAUCAGCUGUAGUGUUUUCAAAGGUCCUAGUGAUGUUGUAUUGUUAGCACGCAGCAGAUCAGAGAGCCAUGGGCGAAGCAUCAGGAGCAUCUGCGCCCUCACCCCCAACAUCUCAGUACUCACAAAUUACAAUCAAAGUGUCGUCUGCCAAGCUGAACACGGCUGGAGGAUUGUUCUCAUCCAAACCUGACCCAUACCUUGAGCUCAGCAUUGAUGGAGGAUCUGCCAGGAAAACUGAUGUGUGCCGCAAGACCACCACACCCAAGUGGGAUGACCAGUUCACUGUAUUGGUGACCCCAUAUUCCAAAAUUGAGUUGAAGGUUCUGAGCUCCAACAGUAUAAGAACAGACACAGUCCUGGGCCGGGCUCUUGUUGAUCUACACACUCUCCUGGAGAAGGAAAAUGGAAAAUUGAAAGAUUUCACCAAGACUGUUGACCUGAAAGCUGAAGGAAAAAACAAGGUUGGAGAGCUGACCUUCACCUUGGAUGGUAUGGACGUCAACAUGAGACUGUUCCCUAAAGAACAAAGAAAUGGUCCAAGAUCGCUGAGUAUCCCCAAUGGUUCAGCAGCAGCGGCCUCAGCCCCCUCCAGGACCCCCACAGGGAGGUCAGAGGGUACCAGACGACCAGCUCCACGCCCACCUGGUGCACCAAACUCACACGGGCGCACCCCACCCCCUGUACCCCCUCCACCAAGUAGCGCAAGCCCAGCUGCUACUCCUACCUCAGGGGGUCCAGUGACAACAACAGGCAACCCAGAACCCAGCCCCACAGCACCCCCCACCACAACGCCCCCAGCUGCUCCAGCAACUGUGUCCAAUGAGCCAUUGCCUGCAGGGUGGGAGAUGAGGACUGACCAGCAUGGGCGGCCAUAUUAUGUUGACCACAACACUAGAUCUACCACUUGGGAGAGACCACAGCCCCUGCCUAGAGGAUGGGAGAGGCGUACAGAUGCACGUGGUCGUGUGUACUACGUGGAUCACAACACUCGCACCACCACGUGGCAGCGUCCCAACACAGAGUCACUGAACAACUACGCCAACUGGCAGGAGUGGCGGGGCAACCGCACGUUAGAGCAGUUUGGUCAGAGGUUCCUCUACCCACAGCAGGCUGCACCCACACAAGAGAAUGAUCCUUUAGGUCCACUACCUGAUGGAUGGGAGAAGAGAGUAGAUGCCAACAACAGAGUUUACUUUGUCAAUCACAGAAACAGGACGACUCAGUGGGAGGACCCCAGGACUCAAGGGAUUAUGCAAGAAGACCCCCUCCCUGAGGGCUGGGAGAUGCGCUACACAGCCGAGGGGGUCAGAUACUUUGUGGACCACAAUACAAGGACAACAACAUUCCAGGACCCUAGAGGCGGACCACAGAAAGGCCCAAAAGGGGCGUACGGUGUGCCCAUCCAGUAUGAGAGGAGCUUUAGAUGGAAACUUGGUCAGUUCCGCUACCUGUGUCACUCCAAUUCUUUACCUGGCCAUGUCAAGAUUACAGUCUCCAGAGAUAACCUAUUUGAAGAUUCGUUUGCCCAGAUCAUGAGACUCCAGCCAUUUGAUUUGAGGAGAAGACUGUACAUUAUCUUUAAAGGGGAAGAAGGUCUGGACUAUGGUGGGCUAGCUAGAGAGUGGUUUUUCCAUGUGUCCCAUGAUGUCUUGAACCCAAUGUACUGCCUGUUUGAGUAUGCCAGCAACAGCAACUACAGCCUGCAGAUCAACCCAGCAUCCAGCAUCAACCCUGACCAUUUACAGUACUUCAAGUUCAUUGGCAGGUUCAUUGCUAUGGCCCUGUACCACGGCAAGUUUAUAGACAGUGGGUUUACCCUGCCUUUCUAUAAGCGCAUGUUGAGUAAAAAGCUGACCAUCAAGGAUUUGGAGACGAUAGAUUCUGAGUUUUAUCAAUCACUUUUGUGGGUCAAAGAGAACAACAUAGAAGACUGUGGGCUGGAACUUUUCUUCUGUGCUGACUUUGAAAUCCUUGGUAAAGUGGAGCAGCAUGACCUUAAGCCUGGAGGUAGCGAGGUCAAGGUCACAGAGGAGAACAAAGAAGAAUAUCUCAAUCUUAUGACCAACUGGCGCUUCACGCGUGGGGUGGAGGAGCAGACCAAGGCAUUCCUGGAAGGCUUCAAUGAGGUUGUUCCUCUUCAAUGGCUGCAGUACUUCGAUGAGAGGGAGCUUGAGCUGAUGCUGUGUGGCAUGCAGGAGAUAGACGUGGAUGACUGGGAGAGAACAACCAUCUACAGACACUACCAGCGCAGCAGUAAACAGGUGGUCUGGUUCUGGAAGAUGGUGAGAGAGAUAGACAAUGAGAAAAGGACCAGGCUACUGCAGUUUGUCACUGGCACCUGCCGUUUGCCUGUGGGUGGAUUUGCUGAGCUCAUGGGUAGCAAUGGCCCCCAGAGAUUUUGUAUUGAGAAAGUUGGCAAGGAGACCUGGCUGCCCAGGUCCCACACCUGCUUCAACCGUCUAGAUCUGCCACCCUACCGCAGCUACGAGCAACUGGUGGAGAAGCUUAACUACGCCAUAGAGGAGACAGAAGGCUUUGGACAGGAGUAACAAGGACACACUAUAGGAUACAAGGACACAUCCAUAGGAUACCAGGGCACAUCCAUAGGAUACCAGGACACAUCCAUAGGAUACCAGGACACAUCCAUAGGAUACCAGGGCACAUCCAUAGGAUACCAGGACACAUCCAUAGGAUACCAGGACACAUCCAUAGGAUACUCUGGCCAGGAAACAACCAUAGUAUACCAGGACACAUCCAUAGGAUACCAGGGCACUUCACCAGGACACUCGAGCUAGCAUUGUGAAAAGAUUUUUGCCAGACUCAAGUUGUACACAGAAAAGUUCUGUUUGUCAAGUUGACCAGUUUAUACAGGUACAACUUGGCACUGGCUGAUAAACUUGGUGUGUUACCUACUAGAUGAGUCUAACUGUGGCUGCAAGUGUCCUGUGACCACAAGUGUCCUCUGAUUGCAGGUGUCCUGUGACCCCAGGUGUCCUCUGAUUGCAGGUGUCCUGUGACCCCAGGUGUCCUCUGACCCCAGCUGUCCUGUGACCCCAGCUGUCCUGUGACCCCAGGUGUCCUGUGACCCCAGGUGUCCUGUGUUACCAUCCAGCCCCUACUAUUGUGAUAACUUUCUUUUAGAAUGAUUGUAAAAAGUUUUUUAAUGAAUGACUUUUUUUUUUUUUUUUCAUUUUUCUGGACUUUUAAAAAGAAGAUGCCUGGUUGGGGAUUGUUUUUAAUGUUGUGUAAAUAAUUUCCUACUGAUGUUUGCUUGCUUGUAUGUUUGUAGCUAAACUUGUACAAAGAUGUGAUGAUACCAUGUACUUAUCUUGUUCUGUAAAGAUCAAAAGUUAAUUGCCGGGGGGUGGGGCAGGGUGUUGAUAAGACAAUCUUUACAAAAAUAAGUUGUCAAUGUGACUAUGUAAUGAUCUACUUGAAAUAGAUGAAAUGUUGUGACAUGCCAGUCUGAUGUGACAAAAACCAAAACAUUGGCUACCCUAGUUUGACAUCAGAAAAUAGCAGCAGUAUGUCCUCUUGCAUUCCAUCACCUAUCUAACAUAUGCAUGACAUUUGUCUGACAUAGGGUGACAUUUGUCUGACAUAGGGUGACAUUUGUCUUACGUAGUGUGACAUUUGUCUGACAUGUGACAUUUGUCUGACAUAGAGUGACAUUUGUCUCACAUAGUGUGACAAUUGUCUGACAUAGAGUGACAUUUGUCUGACAUAGAGUGACAUUUAUCUGACAUAGUAUGUUAUUUGUCUGACAUAGUGUGACAUUUGUCUGACAGUGUGGGACAUAUGUCUGACAAAACAUUCUUGAACUGAGGACUGAUAAAUUAUCUGAGUGACUUGAGUGACAAAACAAUUUAUUGACUUAAUGUCAAGUCAUGACUGUCGUUAAAAAAAACAUGCUAUAUAAUUAGGCAUAAUUAAUGGCUUGGAAGCUAAUGAUGUUAAUUGAAGGCAAUAUUUCUUGUUUACUGUAUCUGGAGCCAGUGAUUAAACAGAAGACUAUCUAA